AUGGAUGGCGCCCCAAGACUCGCCCGCAGUCGACGGCCCCGGCGAGUCAAGACAUUCACCGGGUGCAUGACCUGCAGGACGAGACAUCUGAAGUGUGAUGAGACGCGCCCUGGGUGUCGUCGAUGUGCCGACGCCCAGCUGGACUGUUCGGGCUAUCCGGGCUAUCGAGCGGCAGUGCAGUGGAAGGAGGUGCGAGGCCUUUCAGACUUUGGGAUUUCCCAAACUGAACCAGCUGCAUCAGCACCAAAUACAUCCCUGACAUGGCACCACGCCCAAUGCUCUCCGACACCGUCCCAGGAUGGUUCAGUCGCGAGCGAUCCACCCCAUCACCCACAAGACCAGCCCGCAAGCACACAUGGCAGUCCGCAAAUUCCCAUGGGUCAAAGCCAAAGCGUCUCGCCUGCCCACUACAACUUCCCACCUGAGCCUUGCCCAUCUAGGCUGCCUCUAGGACCCCAGGAUGUCCCAGACUCUGUGGAUCCGGCGCAGGAAGACAACACUACCACCUGCCCAGUUCCUAGGCCUGUCGAGUCGCCAGUCAGCCCUAGCCUUAGUCCACGUUUCCAUGGGGCCGAGCGGCAUAUCGACCUGGCGCCAUCCAGUCAUCUGCAGCGGAGAUGCAUUGAGCACUGGGUAAACCACCUAAGUGACGCCCUGUCGUCUGUUCCCGGGUCCAUGAACCCACUAAAGCGGUUUUUCAUGCCCAUCGCCCUCGUCGGAGCCAUGUCAUCGGCAUCAUCAUCCACCGGGUCUGCGGCGCUCUUCUACCUGAUAUGCUCCGCUUCUGCAUUCCACCUCUCGGGUCGAAUUGCGGAUAGCCAGGAAAGCGCAAGGUAUAUGACUCUAGGACUAUCUCAUCAGAACCGAGGCAUCCGUCAUCUCCAGCACAAUUUGGUAAAAGAUGACCCCGAUGAACGGGAGUCUGUCCUGGCCUCACUAUUGAUGUGUCUUACUUAUGAGCCCGUCACAGUGGAGCGGGACUUCUGGCUCACACACCUACGGGGUGCUUCUCAGUGGCUGCAAAAAACGGACAUUGCCUCAUGGGCCCAUAACGAAUCCACGGUGGUUAUGUACCAGAUGUUAGCUGGUACAGCGACCAUGCUCCGGUCGCAGAUUGCUUCUGAGAGUGUCGCCCAUGACGACAAUUUCCACUUCCGGCUGGAUACCAUGUCGGAGCCGUAUCAUCUUCAUCAUAUCUUCGGACUCCCGAAGGUGUGUCUAAAUUCCAUCAGUAAUAUGAUCGGCAUGGCUGUCAGAAGUAGACAGCAAAACCUGCUGAUUACGGUGGACUUGGACCAGCUCGAGACGGAAUUGUAUCUUUCCAUUCCACCCGAGUGCAAGGUCCCUGCCGCCACGCGAGGGCAGGACGAGCUCGUCCAUCACUACUCCCAUCUCUUCUACCUUGGUUCAAUAAUCUACUGCAAACGACGGCUCAGAGCGGCUCCACUGAGUGACGUGCAGCCACUGGUCGAGCAGGCCUGCGAUCAUAUCGAAGCCCUAGCAAACUACAGAUCUCGUCAGUAUUCGCCCAUCCUGUGGCCCGUUGCAGUGGCGGUUUUUGAAGCCCAGGAUAUUGGUCUCCGUACCAGGAUACUGCAGUGGGUUGACAUCAUUAUCGAACAGUCUACGCUUUCGAUCUGGCAAAAGUUCAAGCCGCUGCUCUGUUCUUUGUGGGAAACGCGAAGGGUUCCGGGUCAGGAGGAAGUUCAGUGGGAUGACUUUCUGGGCGAUCCGUCCACUCCAAGUAUUAUGAUUGUGUGA